UGUGUCAUUAGGCUAAUUGCUUGUGGCCAAACUCGGCCCCCUAUUGGUUGGCAAUGUUUACCUCGUCUCAUGACAGCUGACGAUCCACAGUAGCGCCUCUGCUUCCAUAGCAAACACACGUAAAUCAUUUCACAGGCACAAUGACUGUAGACCUCUACUACACUCCAGCUUCAGCUGCCUGUCGGUCUGUGAUGUUAACGGCUAAAGCCAUGGAGGUUGACCUUAACCUAAAGCCCGUUGAUCUCUGGGCUAAGGAACAAAUGAAGGAAGAGUUUAUUGCUCUUAACCCCCAGCAUUGCGUCCCAACUUUAGUCGACGGCGACUUUAUCCUCUGGGAGAGCCGUGCCAUCUGCACGUACCUCGCCAGUCAGUACGGGAAACUGGACGCCUUCUACCCAAGUGAUCCGAAGACCCGUGCUCGGGUUGACCGCCUUCUUUACUUCGACAUGGGGACCCUCUACCACCGCUUUGGAGAAUAUGUGUAUCCAGUUGCCUUCGGUGGAGCAGAGAAGGCAGAUCCGCAAAAGCUAGAGUCCCUGCAGGAAGCCCUAGGCUGGCUUGACCAGUUCCUGGCCGGACACGAUCAUGCCGUCGGAGACGCUGUCACUGUCGCUGACAACGUCUUGGUGGCAUCUGUGUCGACCAUGGAAGCUUGUGGCAUAGACUUAUCUGGUCAUGAAAAUGUGACUGCGUGGCUGGAGCGUUGCAAGUCAACCCUGCCUGGCUACAGUGAAGUGAAUGAACCCGGGGCCGCGGAGUUCGGCAAGAUGGCGAAGGAAAAGCUGAACAAACCGGAUAAACUUGAAGGGGCCGUUGCUGCGUCUUCCAAUUGAGUGUUUGAAGGAUAGUUUCUGUGUACUACAACGUGGGAUUAUUAGAAGUUGUAUAUUUGCUAUUGUGAUGGUCUUGGUAUUAAACUUGUACUGAACA